AUGGGCAAUGUAACGUCGGGUGUGGCUGCAAAGUUUGCAUUUUUCCCUCCAGACCCACCCACCUAUGAUGUGCACAAAGACGACGGUGGUAAGCUUGUGUUCUCGGGAGUUACAGCUGACAAGAACAUGGAAGUGCAUUUGCUUGAUACAAAAGCAGGGAACAAGAUCGUUGCCACGUUUUGGAAGCACCCUUUUGCCAGGUUCACGCUUCUCUACUCGCAUGGUAAUGCUGCUGACUUGGGUCAGAUGCACGAGCUCUUCAUUGAGCUCAGGGCUCACCUGCGUGUCAAUAUUAUGAGCUAUGACUAUUCAGGAUAUGGAGCAUCAACUGGUAAGCCAUCUGAGUUCAACACAUAUUAUGACAUAGAAGCUGUGUACGAUUGUUUAAAGAACGACUACGAAAUAAGACAAGAGGAUUUGAUACUGUAUGGCCAAUCUGUUGGAAGCGGACCAACACUGCACUUGGGUUCUCGCUUACAGAAACUGAGAGCCGUUGUUCUUCAUAGUGCCAUCUUGUCAGGCAUACGAGUCUUGUAUCCCGUCAAGUUGACGUUUUGGUUUGACAUUUUCAAAAAUAUAGACAAAAUACGGCACGUCAACUGUACGGUUUUAGUUAUACAUGGAACAGAUGAUGAAAUUGUUGAUUGGUCCCAUGGAAAGCGUUUAUGGGAACUUUCCAAGGAAAAGUAUGAUCCCUUAUGGGUCAAGGGUGGAGGCCACUGCAAUCUCGAAACAUAUCCUGAGUACAUUAAGCACUUACGCAAAUUCAUAAAUGCGAUGGAGAAACUUUCGCUCGCUAAACAAACGAAGAAACAACUCACUUCUAACCCAAGUAUCACAGAAUUGAGAAGUAGGGAAUGGAAACAGAGAGUUCCACUGCAUUGUCACCCUGUCUACACGAAUAGCUAUGAUUGCUUUGCUUUGGCAGCAAGGUAG